AUGGAAAUUAAUUAUAAACUUGUUAUCAAACAAGCUGAUGGUUCUGCUCUUCUGGCUAAAAAUUAUUUAGUAAUAAUUUCUGAAUUAGACGAAUUUUUACUUGCAAUUCAAAAUAAUAUUACAGUUCUUCUUAAAGAUGAUAAAAUCAAUGCUAAUAAUUAUAACAUUUCUUUCAAAUCAGAAAAGACUCAAGAGGCUGGUACUUUAUUAGUAGAUGAAUCUAAUUCAGAUGAUGAAGAAAUAAUUUGUGAUGAAUCAAUUCCAAAGGGUGGCAAUAGUAAUAAAAUUCCAAAAGUUUCAGAUAUUUCUAUAAUUGAUCAAAGAAUUGCCAAAAAUCUUAAUGGUCUUGCUACAGUUAAAGAAUCACCAACACAUCCUUUAUUUAGGUAUACAUAUUCAUCAAAAAAUAGAUCUCAAUCAAAUUUACCUCAAUUUUCAAAUAAUUUGAUUAAUCCUAUUUUUUCUACCCUUCUACAAGCAUUAGUUACUCCACAUUUUCUUCAACAACCUUCAUCUUCUUUAAUAGCUAAUAAUUCUAUAGUAUCUCAAUCAUCACAAUCAAUACCUUCAAUGGCUGAAUUCUUGUGA